AUGACCUUGGCCUCCAGGGUACAGCGUGGGCUCCUCCAGAAGAGGGGUGCGCUCGCUCUGGUCUUCGGGCUCCUGCUCAUCUACUUCCUCCCCAGCACCUGCAGGCAGGGGGAGAGGGCAACGAGAGAUCGGAAUCUCCUCCAGGUUGGACACGGUGACACCCCAGCCUGCGGAGAGUGCAGAUGCGGUCAGUGUGUGGGCAAGGGCAGGCCGGCCUGGCCCCCGGGGUGGAACCCCCACCCGAGCUCCAUUUGCACCUCAGCUGCUGCAGCGCUUCCAAGGACCGUGUGCCCUACUGCCCUCAGCCCAGCCUGUGACUUCUGUGACUUCCCCAGCCAGGCAGCCCUGACGUUCCAGAACCUACUCGUGGCCAACCAGGAUCACUUUGAAUUGUGUUUGGCCAAAUGCAGGACCUCAUCCCAGGUUCCCAAGUAG